UUGAACGUCUUUUUCCGAGCUGCCGUUGUGAGGACGGGAAAUAAAGAGGACGGACAGAAACAAACACCGGAUUUAUAUGGCGAUCUUUAGGCGUUGUUGUAUUAUUUAAAAUGCGGUUUAGGCGCAGCGGAGGCGGGAAACGAGAUAUGAGAGGAGUUUGGUGACUUUGAUCGGUUGUUUUUAUUUAUACGUGUCAAGCGGAACUCUGAGGGAAAAUAAGCUAACGUUAACGUUAGCCAUCAGAGUUCGUCAACGUUUAUUUCGCUUGUUUUUAAAUCUAAAACACCUUUUAGCGUAUUCCCUCUCAAAUCGAGCCGCUUUGAAACGAAAUAAUGAAGGUUUUGGAGAGAAAUGUGGUUCGUCUGGCCGUUGUUCAGCAUCUUCGGUCGGUUUAUGGAAUAAAAAUUAAAAACUGGAACAAAAACAGAAACAAGCAGACAUCGUUGAACACGGUGAGGGUGUUUGGGGUUGCGCUUGAAAGUCUGCCACACUGUCAUGUGCUAGACUACGGUGAUGUACCCUGCUUUAUAGUAGAUGUUUGUACGAGUCUCAUGGAGCAUUUGGACACAGAGGGCCUCUUCAGAAAGUCAGGCUCUGUUGUGCGGGUCAAGAGCCUCAGGGCCAAACUGGACCAAGGCGAGGACUGUCUGUCCACUGCUCUCCCGCUGGACGUUGCUGGACUUCUAAAGCAGUUUUUCCGGGAGCUUCCCGAGCCGGUUCUGACCACAGACCUGCACAGUGCUUUCCUGAAGGCCCAGGAGCUGCCCACAGAAGAGGAGAGGACCUCAGCCACGGUCCUGCUGUCCUGCGUGCUGCCCGACAGGAAUUUAAACACGCUGCGUUACUUCUUCAGUUUCCUGAAGGCCGUCUCCCAGCGAUGUGCUGAGAAUAAGAUGGGCAGCAGUAAUCUCUCGGUCAUCUUUGCACCCAAUCUCUUUCACUGUGGAGAUGGCGGGGACAAAAUGAGCAGCAGCACAGAAAAGAGACUCAAACAUCAGGCAGCAGCUGUGCAGUGUCUCAUAGAUAACGCUCAACACCUGGGUGUGGUUCCUCAGUUCCUGAUGGAGAAGGUUCCAGCCAUGUUGGGUUGUGAUGCUGGAGUGUUUUCUCCAUCGUCUUUGUCUCUAGAGGACAGUAACGCUCACUCAGACCUGAAGAAAAACAACAGACGGAGUUUAGGAGACAUGGUAAAUGGAGCUUUGAAUAGAUUUAAAACUAGUAGAACCCCAACAAAUACCCCUCAGUCUGAUGGAGCAGUUUUCUCCUUAGCCACUCCUGUCAUCAUGACUCCAAACUCCAAGCGUAAACUUCCUCUGGAGUCGGCACAGACCCAUCACGGCUUCUCCAACAAGAAACGCAGGUCCAUCAAGAAGAACCUGGGCCUGGAGCUGUUCCCAAACACUUUGUUUGGAGGAGUAUCUACACCUGGAUCAGCACACAGCGCAGCGGGAGCUCUGGACUCGUCUCACAGCGGUUUACUGUCUUCUGUGGGCAGAAACACUCGUCUGUCCUGCAGCUCUGCCAGGAGGAAGAGCAGACGACUGAGAGACCACAGCGUGAGCAGAGUUGAAUCGGGGAAGGCGGGCUGUUUCUCGCCCAGAGUCGCUAAGAAAGAGCCUGUGAGAAAGUCUCUGCGUCUGCGCUUCAGUUUGGGCAAAUCCAGCCGAGAGUCUAACGUCAUUACACAUUCACAACUGGGGCCAAAGGGGUCAGAGGUCAUAGGUUGGCGCCUAGCAACACAAGAGAGCUGUUCUGGGUUUCACUUCACCAAGGAGCUCAGUCCGGCCGUUUUGAACAAGAGCCCCUCCAAAGGCUCCAAAUUCAUCAGUAAAUCAGAGGAUAACCUUUUGACCCCGCAGUGUGAUUCUACAGACCACAGGAGCUCAUGGAGCGGCGACACUCCUGACGUCGGCCUGACCUUCCCAACAAAUUCAUUCUCAGAGACUCCCGUGAGCAUCUGCAUGAAGAGCAGCUACCGCUCCGAGCCCACCAUCAUCGUGAGCAAACCUCCGACGACCAGCAGCGUCAUUCCCAAAAGCCUUUGCUGCGCCUCCAGUGACGGCAGCGCUCUGGAUUCAUCCAGUGACGAACGCUCUCACACUGGACCCACGCUACUAAAAAUCAAAGAAGCUUUCCGUGAGUCUGGCAGUGACCUUCACAGCAUCGUUAAACAGCAGAAGCACGACGAACCGCAAGACGACCUUGGCGCAAACUCCGAAGUGCCUUCGGAAACCUCAGACAAAUCUGAAUCCAGCGAAUCGAAUGAUCACAAUGUGACGUUCGGCCAAAUUGAGAUCGUUCCUUUGUCGCCUCUACAUAUAGACAGCGCUCUGUUUGACGGCGGACCGACACGGUAUGUGGAGACCAGCGCUAACGGGUCUCUGUGUCUUGAAAAUGAAAGCCACUGUUUCCUAAAAGACGUCACUGGAGAUUGCAGUCAACUACUCAACGCUUUAGACAUCCAAAGCCCUGUGACUUUCAGACUGGACACUUCCAGCAGGGUCCAAUCAACUCCGUAUGCAACAAGAACGCAAGCGAAAGCCAACACGUCCCUGCCGAGUGAGCUCAAAGAGGUAGAGAAGACCGAUGCUCCUCAAGAUCAAGCAGAGACGUCACAGAACCGCCUUGAAAUGCGCCGAAUGAAGGUCGCCGAGCAGAUUAAACUCUUCAACAUGAUGACGCUGGAUUCACCCAAAGCCACAGUGGUCCGACCUCCUCUAAAGUUCCAGCGGACGCCGGUUCGACAGUCUGUUAGAAGGAUAAACUCUCUGAUUGGAGAUCGGAAGGACACCAGGAUGGGAUGGUGCGCCGCCACUCAGGUAAAGGCUGUGAGUUUAGAGAGCGGUUUGCAAACUAAACCCAAACCUCCAGUUCCUCCAAAGAAACCUGCUGUCAAAGCGCUGGAAGACGUCACCAAUAAAGCACCAAACAAGACAAAGGGUGACCAAGCCAAUAAGAACGCUGCAAAUGAACGUCCCAAGUCUGUCCUGCUUCAAGUGUCUGAAAACGAUACCAGUCGCUAUAGAGGUUCACCCAGAAACCCUCUUGUGGAGGGAAGACUGCUGUCAGCGAUGAAACCCAUUGAUUUAUAAGUUGCUGUAACUUUAAACGCUUUCUUUGAACUUGUGUAUUCAGGGGUCUUAAUUUAUUUCGCUACGGUGAGCUUUGAUUGUUUUACAGGUGAAUGGUGCGAUUGAUGUUUUUACAAUAUUAGAAAAUUGCUGAAUUUGUUUCAGCAUAUGGGUUGGAUUUGAGUCACAAUCUGAAAUCCAUAAGUACGAGUAUCUUAGUUUUGCUGUAAGUGAAAAGACGAGUCUAUGAACGUGUAAAGAGUGUAAGAAUAGUUCACGAGUGUAUUUAGAGUGAAAAUGGAUGUUUGUAAAUUAGAUCAGAAGAGGCUGGAUUUGGGAAGUGUCUUAUUUACUGUUAUUUAUGUUUUAUGCAAAAACUUGAUUUUUCUGCUAAAAGCCUUAAAGACAACGUUCAUGCUGUAACUCAUUGAAAAGUAUGUUAUGUUAAGCAGUAUUAUGGUCUAAUGUGGUUUAUUCUCAAUGCUGUUAUUUUUCACCCAUUUAUGAAGAUGUUCUGCUUUUGUACAUGAGGUUGUCAAACUAAACUCUUUGUGUUUAAA